AGAUGGCCACCCAAGCAAUCCCAUCUUAACAAACCCAACGUGCUACUUCUGCUUACUAUCAAACCGACAAACUCAGAAAGCAAUGCCUCCUGGAUUCUCUCUCUCAGCACUCAUCGUGCUCUUCUUCUUUCUCUGUUCCUUCACUUCAAUCUUAGCUCACACCAAUGAAGACCCAACAAUCAAAACAAUGGAGGACUUCUCAGGCUACCCAAUUCACGAGUCACACUCUCACCUCUCUUCACUUUCAGUUGACGCUCAAGGUUUAGAAAAACAGAUUGAUGAACUUUCGAGCUUUUCGGAUACAUCUUCCCCAUCAGUGACCAGGGUCUUGUAUACUGAGAAAGAUGUAUUGGCACGUAGAUUCAUCAAAAACUUGAUGGGACUCUCUGGUUUGUCUGUUAGGGAGGAUGCUGUUGGUAACAUAUUUGGUCGAUGGGAAGGCUCCAAUCCAGAGCUUUCUGCUGUUGCAACAGGUUCUCACAUUGAUGCUAUUCCAUACUCUGGAAAGUACGACGGAGUUGUGGGUGUUUUGGGUGCUAUAGAAGCGAUCAAUGUACUAAUAAGGUCCGGGUUCAAACCUAAACGAUCAGUAGAAGUUAUCAUGUUCACUUCAGAAGAGCCAACACGCUUUGGAAUUAGCUGUCUAGGAAGCCGCUUAAUGGCAGGGAGUCAGACACUUGUUGAAGCUCUCAAGACCACAGUUGAUGGUCAAAAUAUAUCCUUUGUAGAUGCAUCACAAUCUGCUGGCUACACGAAAGAUCAUAAUGAUAUCUCUAGUGUGUUUUUGGAAAAAGGAAGCUACUCUGCUUUUGUGGAAUUGCAUAUCGAGCAGGGCCCUAUUUUAGAGGAGGAAGGAAUACCAAUUGGCAUAGUAACUGCCAUUGCAGCCCCGGCAAGCAUAAAAGUGGAGUUCCAGGGAAAUGGAGGCCAUGCUGGUGCUGUCCUAAUGCCAAAUAGAAAUGAUGCUGGACUAGCAGCUGCAGAAUUAGCGCUAGCUGUUGAGAGACAUGUAUUAGAAUCUGGAUCUGUUGAUACUGUUGGUACAGUUGGUAUUCUGGAGCUACACCCUGGAGCCAUCAACAGCAUCCCAAGCAAAUCACAUUUGGAAAUCGACACAAGAGACAUUAAUGAAGAGCGAAGAAACAUCGUAAUUGAGAAAAUCCAUCAAUCCGCAAUUUCUAUAGCCAAAAAGCGGGGGGUCAGUCUAUCCGAAUUCAAGAUUGUAAAUCAAGAUCCACCAGCACUUUCUGAUAAGUCAAUAAUUCACGCGAUGGAAGCUUCAUCAAAAGAGCUGAACUUAGCCCACAAGUUGAUGAUUAGCCGAGCUUACCAUGAUUCAUUGUUCAUGGCCAGAAUAUCCCCUAUGGGCAUGAUAUUCAUUCCAUGUUACAAAGGUUACAGCCAUAAACCGGAAGAGUACUCCUCGACUCAGGAUAUAUCGAAUGGGGUCAAAGUAUUAGCGUUGACCCUUGUUAAGUUGUCAUUGCAGUGAUGUUACCAACAUUGUUGUUUUCAUCAGAGUAACUUCACAUAUCUGUGAAUACCUUGACCAUUGCAAAGUUGUCAUUGCAGUGAUGUUGCUUCAAUCCUGUUCUCAUCGCAGUAACUUCACAUAUUGGUGCUUGGUGCUAUGUAAAUGUUCCAAUCACCCAGAAUGGUACAACAAAUUGCAAACUUGUAAAAAAAUUAUUGAAUAAAUGCUUCCCUACUAAAUUUCUCGUUUCAUACCCCUUAAGAUUUUCGUAUUAAUUGGUUUGCUACCUGAAGUGUAAUUCAACAAACUCAUUACCAUAAAUUCUGUCAAAUAUUCUACUCAUUACUAUAAUUUAACCAAUUGCUUCCCUAC